CUAGAACAAAUAUAGUAUCCCUAUUUCACAGUUGGGAAAAAAGACUCCCAGAAGCUAAGUAACUUGUUUAUUGUCAGGCAUCUAGUGAGUCGCAGAGCCAGGAACUGACCCCGGGCAUUUUCACCCCAUUACCCUUUCAGCUUAUUGCCGACUGCUCCCCAACGGAGCGAAAAUGACAGGCAGAGGGUUUCACCAAACCCUUUGUAAUGGGAGAUUAUUGCCUUCUUACCUUUCCUCACGUUUGCUUCUCUGCCAGAAUGUCCUCCCCUACUUUCCCCAGAACCCAAGUUCUCCUAAUCAUCUUUCAAGAUCCCUUUCCCUCAACCACCGACGAGCCGUGCCUAUUUCUCCUUCAAAUGACUCCCUACGGCUUCUAGUUGGUAGUCUUUCAUUUACCACCUCAUAGUCCUUUUAUUUAUAUCCCACAAAUGAUCGUCCAGGCCCGCACCGUGGGACCGGGACGCUGCCUCGACCAUGGCGGUCUCCUGGAAACACGCUGCUUUGAGCCGAAACUCGUGACCGUUUCUCAACCCCGUCCGGGAGUCCGACGCCUCUUUCUCCAGGCCAACUUCAAGUGAGGUGCAUCAACUCUAUCCGUGCAAAUUUCUUGCCACGAGAGCAGAAGAUUACGGUCUCUGAUGCUGCCUCAGGAUUGAAGACGCUCCCAACGCUUAGCAAUCAUCAACUUCCUCCUCCUCUUGGCAGCCUUAGAGAUCCUCUUCCGGGGCAGAGGUCGCCCCGCCCCGCCCCUCGUCUCCUCCAAGAUGGCGAGUGGCGGCAGUGGGGGGGUGUCAGUGCCUGCGCUGUGGAGUGAAGUGAACCGGUAUGGCCAGAACGGCGACUUCACGCGCGCUCUCAAGACCGUCAAUAAGAUACUACAGAUCAACAAAGAUGAUGUAACUGCCCUGCAUUGUAAAGUGGUAUGCCUUAUCCAGAAUGGAAGUUUCAAGGAAGCUUUGAAUGUCAUCAAUACUCACACCAAAGUAUUAGCCAAUAACUCUCUCUCCUUUGAAAAGGCAUAUUGCGAGUACAGGCUGAACAGAAUUGAGAAUGCCUUGAAGACAAUAGAAAGUGCUAACCAACAGACAGACAAACUGAAGGAGCUUUAUGGACAAGUGUUAUACCGUUUGGAACGCUAUGAUGAAUGCUUAGCGGUAUAUAGAGAUCUUGUCCGAAACUCUCAAGAUGAUUAUGAUGAGGAGAGGAAAACAAACCUUUCAGCAGUUGUUGCAGCUCAAAGCAAUUGGGAAAAAGUGGUUCCAGAGAACUUGGGCCUCCAAGAAGGCACACAUGAGCUGUGCUACAACACUGCGUGUGCACUGAUAGGCCAAGGCCAGCUGAACCAGGCCAUGAAAAUCCUGCAAAAGGCUGAAGAUCUUUGUCGCCGUUCUUUAUCAGAAGACACUGAUGGGACUGAGGAAGACCCACAGGCAGAACUGGCCAUCAUUCAUGGUCAGAUGGCCUAUAUUCUGCAGCUUCAGGGUCGAACAGAGGAGGCUUUGCAACUUUACAAUCAAAUAAUAAAACUAAAACCAACAGAUGUGGGAUUACUAGCUGUAAUUGCAAAUAACAUCAUUACCAUUAACAAGGACCAAAAUGUCUUUGACUCCAAGAAGAAAGUGAAAUUAACCAAUGCGGAAGGAGUAGAGUUUAAACUUUCCAAGAAACAACUACAAGCUAUAGAAUUUAACAAAGCUUUACUUGCUAUGUACACAAACCAGGCUGAACAAUGCCGCAAAAUAUCUGCCAGUUUACAGUCCCAAAGUCCCGAGCAUCUCUUACCUGUGUUAAUCCAAGCUGCCCAGCUCUGCCGUGAAAAGCAGCACACAAAAGCAAUAGAGCUGCUUCAGGAAUAUUCAGAUCAGCAUCCAGAAAAUGCGGCUGAAAUUAAGCUGACCAUGGCACAGUUGAAAAUUUCUCAAGGUAAUAUUUCUAAAGCAUGUCUAAUAUUAAGAAGCAUAGAGGAGUUAAAGCAUAAACCAGGCAUGGUGUCUGCGUUAGUUACCAUGUACAGCCAUGAAGAAGAUAUUGAUAGUGCCAUUGAGGUCUUCGCACUAGCUAUCCAGUGGUAUCAAAACCAUCAGCCCAAAUCUCCUGCUCAUUUGUCCUUGAUAAGAGAAGCUGCAAACUUCAAACUCAAAUAUGGGCGGAAGAAGGAGGCAAUUAGUGACCUACAACAGCUAUGGAAACAAAAUCCGAAAGAUAUUCACACCCUGGCACAGCUAAUUUCUGCUUACUCACUUGUAGAUCCAGAGAAAGCCAAAGCUCUUAGUAAACACUUGCCAUCAUCAGAUAGUAUGUCUCUAAAAGUAGAUGUUGAGGCUCUUGAAAAUUCUCCUGGUGCUACGUACAUUCGGAAGAAGGGUGGAAAAGUUACUGGAGAUAGUCAACCAAAGGAACAAGGACAGGGAGAUUUGAAAAAGAAGAAAAAGAAAAAGAAGGGAAAAUUGCCUAAGAAUUAUGACCCAAAAGUCACCCCAGAUCCAGAAAGAUGGCUGCCAAUGCGAGAACGUUCUUACUACCGGGGAAGAAAGAAGGGUAAAAAGAAGGAUCAGAUUGGAAAAGGGACCCAGGGAGCAACUGCAGGAGCUUCAUCUGAACUGGAUGCCAGUAAAACUGUGAGCAGCCCACCCACCUCCCCAAGACCUGGCAGUGCUGCAACAGUAUCUGCCUCUACAAGUAACAUCAUACCCCCAAGACACCAGAAACCUGCAGGGGCUCCAGCAACAAAAAAGAAACAGCAACAGAAAAAGAAGAAAGGUGGAAAAGGUGGCUGGUGAUGAGAAUAUUCUUGUUGCAGGCUGUUUUUAAACUAGUCUCAGUGACACUAGGAAUAUAAUAAAGGUAACACAGCAAGAAGCACAGAACUGCUCCCUCUUCAUCUCCAUAUUUUCAUAAUUUCUUGUGUUUCAAAUAGGGAAACAUCUUCCUCAAAGUCUACCUAGUGAGAUGUGGCCUACUGGUUGCCUCAUAGCUUUGUACAGAUUAUGAGGACUGAAAAUAAUUGGGCAUUUACCCAUCUUGGUAUCUGUUGUAUCCUUUAUCUGUGUGUGCUGAUUCAAUCUUUUUUCAGUUUCACAUACCUUAUCUAAGGUUUCCCAGGAUUUAAACAGAAACUAUUUCUACGAUUUCAGCUGGAGUCUGAAGAUACUUGUUUCUGUUCAAGUCCCACUUUAAAUUAUGUCUUAGGAGGCCUUAGGAGACUGAAAGUGGAAUCUUCUGAGCAUUCCUAAAUAUCUGCUUAGAAAUAUCAUGUGAUAAAGAGGGACCUUCUUAAUACACUGAUGUUCUUCACUUAAUUAAAUGGAUGGCCACAAGAAAAAUAAAGUAAAUGUCUUAAAUAAUUUAACCAUAAAUUUUCUGUCAUGUGAUACUGGAAUAUGGGAUUAUUUUCAUAUUUUUAUAUAUAUAUAUGACUCCUUUGUGCCCCAUGUCAUUUUCAGAUUAUGUAACAUGCUGAUACAGCACCAGGAAAGAACUCAAGGAAAAUAUAUCAAUGUAAGAAGUUGACUCUUAGACCUAGUGUUCUGAGGUCAGAUGGGUUUGGACUGUCUCAAUCAGAAAGAUUAAUGACUAUUAUCAAGAACAUGAACAUUGGUUUCCUACAUAGAGAGGAAAUCAGUAUCUGAGUUUGCAUACCAGGCAGUAUUAAAAUCUGACAGAUCCUGUUUGGCCCAUUGAUAGAUACUCAAAUGGUGUCUCCUUCUGGUUAUGGAUUUUGACCAUUGAUUACCUUUCUCAAUGUAAUGAAAUAUUUUACAGUCAAUUUGUGGUGUAAAUGUUGCUCUUGUCUUUCCUUGCUUACAAACUGCUUUCACAUUGAACAGCUGUGAGACAGACACAUUGAGAUGCCUGCCCUUGUUAGUAUUCAUUUUAUGCUGCCCAAUAUAUCAUUUAAUUUAGACUUAGAAGUAUUUCCUUGUGAUUAUAUUACUCUGUCCUUGUUAAUAAAGUGCUGCUGUGUUUGACUCUGAACGUAACUACCAAAACUUCUUCAAAGAGUUUUUUUAUAAAAGACUUUCCUCCUUUACAAGAAAGAAAUGGGGUGCUGCCUUUCUGUUCAGUAAAAGCAGAAUCUGCAGUGGCAUCUAAACAAGAGAUCCUUUUUAAAUACAAUUGAUGUAUUGUGGCAUAAUACUUUUUUGAGCUCUACAGAGAACAGUCUUUUGGUAAUAGUGACAGAUAUUUAUUACUUCUGAAUAUAUACCCCAUUAUAGGAAUAACUGUUACUUAUUUAGGAUUCCAUCAUUGAAAAUUUUAACCCAAGGCACAGCAGUGAAAUUUACAGUUCUCAAUUUAGUUGUCAUUAUUGAUAGCAUUAGUCAUUGCUGAGCAACUGAAACUUCUGUUCAAAUAAAGUUUUAAUUGUCAAAUGAAGUAUAAAUACAUGAACCUUCUAGAAAUAUUUCCUCUUUUGGAUAGGUCUUUAACCAGUACAUAUAUAUACUUUGUCAAAUAUAUGGAUGUGUAUGUGUACAUUUAUAAAAACCAGUAUGGAUACAUCCAUUCACUGUGGUACAUUUUAAAAUAAAAUAUUUUAGCAGUGAA